CACACACCACCUCUCGCCUGCGCUCUCCCCUUCCUUCCUUCCUUCCUUCCACCACCUGUUCGAUCCCGUCCUCAGCUCGCCGCAGUCUAGCUACACACCCGUCACAUUGCCCCAAGCCAAUCUCCCUGCGAAUUCCGUUCGGUUCCUGCUGCCCAGGCCGCGCGCCGGCAUCUGCUGGGCGGUACUCAGGUCAGGUCAGGCAUGCGGGCCUCCGGUCUCUGCCGGCAUGCCGUCCUCGUCCUUGCCCUGGCCGUGGCGGCGGGCGGGCACGACUUCCGGCGGGACUUCGACGUGGUGUGGGGGGAGGGCAAUGCGCGGUUCCGCGACGGCGGGCGGCAGGUGGAGCUGUCGCUGGACGAGCGCACGGGCGCGCGCCUGCAGUCCAAGCAGCGCUACCUCUUCGGCCGCUUCGACCUCGAGAUCAAGCUCGUCCCCGGCGAGUCCGCGGGGACCAUCACCUCCUUCUACAUCUGCACCGGCGGCGCGCGUCACGACGAGGUGGACUUCGAGUUCCUGGGCAACGCGAGCGGCGAGCCGUACCUCCUGCACACCAACAUCUUCAGCGACGGCAGGGGCGAGCGGGAGCAGCAGUUCGUGCUGUGGUUCGACCCCACGGCGGACUUCCACACCUACUCCAUCCUCUGGAACCCGCACAACAUCAUCCUCUACAUCGACGGCACCCCCAUCCGGGUGUUCCGGAACAACGCCGCGCGCGGGGUGCCGUUCCCGGCGCGGCAGCCGGCGCACGUCUUCGCCAGCAUCUGGGACGCCGAGGACUGGGCCACGCAGGGCGGCCGCGUCAAGACGGACUGGGCCAGCGCGCCCUUCGUCGCCGCCUACCGCCGCUACAACGUCUCCAGCAGCGCCUGCGUCUGGGACGAAGGGGACGGGCGCGCGCGGUGCCCGGCGGGCGGCGCGCGGCGGCGAAGGAGGCAGGCGGCGUGGAUGGCGCAGAAGAUGGACUGGUGGAGCUGGAUGACGCUGAGCUGGGUGCGCAUGAACUACAUGGUCUACGACUACUGCGACGACCGCAGGAGGUUCCCGCACGGAGCCCCGCCCGAGUGCGUCAUCCCCAUCGGCAGGUCGUGAUGAGCUCCAACCUCGAAUCAGUCGGUCGUCGUCUUCUGCUUCUGCUACUACUAGCUAGCUAGAGAACCUUCUGUCUCGCCACGUGGCGGCACUACUGUAAUAAUCGGGCUUGAUUUUUUGUCUCUUGAAGAUGCGGUUGCCGGGUUGUGUAGUGAGGAACAAGUGCAAGCUGGGACAUGAUGAUGUGGGCUUAGAUUCCACGAAA